AUAGCAAUCAAAGAUUGCAUAACAAUAAAUAAUAAUUGAUUAGCUACAAUUUAAAUUAAUAACAGUUUUCUCAUAGCAACUUGAAACAAACAAAUGAGAUGGAUUUCACAUCUGCUACAUUCUCUUUGGCGUUGCUUGGCAACGAAAAGUUAUAAACACAGCAGUAUAAAUUGAUAACUUGGAAAGAGAAUAUUAUUCAUAGAUGACUAAUGGAUUAAUCAUAUUCUUUGCUUUGACACUAAUAGUAUAAAGUAUCAUUUUAAAAUCAAAAUGACGAUAAACGAAGUUGAAGUUUUGUAUAAACAACCAAUAUAAAGAAAGUUUGAGUUUAAAGUUUCAAGUGGUACUAAAAUAGAUAACAAAAACAAAUGAUGACUUAGUUAUUUGAAUUUGAUUUGAAUAUGGCUUGUAAAACAUCAUUCGAACUUCAUCACAACUUUCCAAAAUUAGCAGAGGAAUCAGGAUUCACAUUCAACACGCACAGGCCACGAGUUCAUAUCAAUUGGAAUAAAAUAAAACUUAUUGAUAUCGAUAAUGUAGUCCGAGAUAGAAAAUUUGGUCUGGUCGAAGAACACGUCAAUGAUAUUUUAGAUUGUGUGCUUGAAUCUGAAUUUGAUGUGAGGAUUCUAGACGAAGGAGUUUUGAAGUUAUUCCGUCUAGCACAAUUGGCAGUCGAGUAUCAACAAUUCUGCCGCCAUUAUCUUGACCGCAGUGUUUUCAUUCUAAAAGAAGAAAUUACUAAUUUGCUACAAAGUCUUGAUGCAACAAAAAAAAGUUUGCGAGAAAAAGAAGAAGAAAACAGAAAAUUUAAAAGAAAAUCUAAACAUUCCGUACGAACUCCUUUGCCUUAUGGUAAUGAGAAUAUAGCAGCAAUGAUUUUAAAAACCUUAAAUCAAAACAAAGGAGAACUAUUUGCAUCUACAUCUCAAAUAGAUUCAUUGCAGUACAACAAAUGCAAUUAUUGUGAAAAGGUGUUUUUAAACCAGCUUUACUUAAAAAGCCAUAUUUCCAGACGACAUGCUAAUAUUCUCGAGGUACCUCAAAGAGAUACCCCUGACGAAGAGGCGAAUGAUAGUAGAAAUACAAAAUUAGCUAGCGAAGUUGAUGAGUUAAAAGCUAAGCUGAAGCAAAUGGAAGAACUCAUUGCAAACAAAUAUAAUUCUAAUACCCAAACCGUUGUUCAUGAGGCUUCACAACUGGAUAGUGGUGCCAAGAAUGGAGGAAACAGUGAUAAUCAUUGUAAAAAGGAAAUGAAAGACGCUGAAGUUUCCACAAACGAGGAUGAAUAUAUACUUGAUAAAAUUCAAGAAUGGAAAAAAGAAGAACACGAGAAAUAUAACGAAGAACUAAGUUCGUUGCGAAAACAAAUAAUAGAAAUUAUAAGUGCGAAAGAAAAACAAGAUAACACAUCUGCACAACAUGAUUUAAAGAUGAUGGAUCAAUUACAUGCCACUAUAAAACAACAAGGAAAUGAAAUAUUAUCGUUAAAACAAGAACUAAUAAAAGAGGAAGGCAAUGAAAAGGAGAAAAGAAAAAAGAUUGAAGAGCAAAUGGAGUUUUGGGUUAAAAGAGCUGAAGUUCAAUCUAGCGAAUAUAAAUCAUUAUUGCAAAAGUUAAAUGAUGUAGCAACAGAGGCACAAGAAUUUCGACUUAAGGCAAAUACAGAAAAAGAAAGAGCAAAUCAGCUAGAAAAAAUGUUACAAAAUCAUCUAAGUAAAACAUCGCCCAAACAUACUGAUACUGAAAAUAAGCAAAAAGCUACACCUACAAAACACAACAAAGAAAGCCAUUCAAGGAGAGAACUGAAGACUUCAAAAGAUUCACAAACAAAACCUACAGCAAAUGAGAUCACACUAAAAAAACUACAACAAAAAGCUCAAGAACUACUUAAUAUUGAACAAACAACUACUUCUGAUAGUUCAAGUAUCAGUGACGAUAAAAUAGAAAAAGAAUCUCCAAAAAAAGAAUCUAAUUAUGACGAUAUGGUUAAAAAGAAAAUGAAAAACGAAAAAGUUAACGAAGACAUUAUCAAACUUAAGCCUAGGACUAGUUUACGGGCAUCUGAUAAUGUCGAAUCAGCUGACAAUAAAUAUAUCGAAAAGAAGCAAUCAAGUAAUAGAAAACCAAAACCCACAAUAAAUAAAACAUCAAAGAAGGGAAAUGGGUACGUUUAUGUCCCUGGAAGUCCAAUCAAAAUCGUAAGGGCAAAAAUUACUGAAGAAGUCAAUCAACGAUUAAUUUCUCUUGGAGUAGAUCCGCUUAGUAGCAAAUUACCUCAACAGGUCUUUCACAAACAACGGAAGCUAUUGCAAGAACAACAAGAGUAUAAAUCUAAGAAAUGGCCUUCACGUAGUAAAGUGCUACAUUCAAUAAUAUGUCACUUGGAUCAACAUACAAGUAAUACAAACUCUAUCCAAAGAAGUGAUUAUUUACCAUCAAAUAACCCUCGAAAGACUUUUAGUAUUGCGUCCGUUUUAUCUAAUGUCAAAACGAAAGCAUUAUCACUCGUUAAAUCCAACGAGCCGACAUAUAAACCUUACAAACCUUACGAUGACGUGGCAAAAAAAGCCAUGGCUUUACUCAAAACUCCACCAGGUUCUGCUCACUCUAGUCCUUUAUUAUUACACCGUAAGUCUGUUAAUUCACCUCAAGAGCGCGAAGUUUUGAAAACAAAAAAUAAAUAUCUAUCUCCUAAAAUAAAAACGAAAAAACCAAUAGAGACAGAAUCUAGUAACGAAAGCUAUUCGGAUAAUGAUGACGCUAUUAAUCAUAAAGAAUCAUCGAUGAAUGUUAAGACAGUCACCACUCCUGUACAUCAUUCUAUACGUAACGAUGAUAGGCGUAAUUCUACUAACAAAAAGCGAAAUGAAAAUGGAUCAAAACCGGAAGCUAUAAAUGUGAGCACAAAAACAUUUAUAGAAAAUAAAGAUAAAGAUAAUAGCAGCGACGAAAAAGAGUCAAUUGUUGAUAUAUCACCAAGAAAAUUUUUAUCUGAGGAAAAUCUCAGUAAUCUGAAACAAACAAAAGGAGUUCUAAAAAAUGCAUCUUCAACAUCCUCCCUAAAUAAGAAAAAGGUAUUGUUUGACAUGGAUGCGAUACAAAUGAAGUCUUUGAGUGCAUCUCCGUCACAAAGCAUCACUGACAAAAGCGACACGAACAGAAAGAAUGAGUCAGGUAUAAUAAAUUUAGACACUGAAGAAUGGGACAUAUCUAGCAUAGAAAACGAACCGACUGGGACUAAGAUUAAUAGAAUUUCCUCACAUACGAGCCCAAAAAUUGCAGAGUUGAGACAAACAAUAGAAUCAAAACUAAUACGGAGAAACCCAACACUUUCCACGACUCUGGUAGGAGGUGUCGAUGUCUUAGACGUCCCAAAACAAAAGGCAACAAUGCAAAGCCACGGCGGUAGUAACACGAGCCUUGGCAGUUCAAUACUAGAUGAUACAGAGAGCGGUCCUGUGCUCGACUUAGCAGUCCUCAAACCAAGAAUGGCAUUUGGAAAAGACGACAGCGAAAUAGAAAUCUCUGACUUGACUGACGAUAAAAUAGUGCGUAAAACAUUUUAAGUAGUUAAUAAAAUUAAACUUAUUUUAAGUGUAAAAGAAUAAUAAGAUUAAAAUUAAAGGCUUUAUA